UAGAGAGAGAGAGAGAGAGAGAGAGAGAGAGAGAGAGAGAGAGAGAGAGAGAGAGUGAGAGUGUGUGUGUCUUCCUCAUUAGAGGAGGAUCUGACAUUUCUACUUCUUCAACAACCGAGUGAUCCAUCAUGACGGAAAUGUGAAAGUAAGAUGUUAAGUCCAACCAGUGCAGACCAGAAGAACCUCAGUGUGGACAGCUCUGGAUCUGAUGGAGAGUCAGAGGUUGGUCAGGAACCUGAGACCGACCGCUUCGGCUUCAUUCUGACCAAUGGAUCCGCUGCCGGGAGUGUGGGCCCACCACCCGAGUUGGUCAGGCACAGGGAGACCAAAUGGAUAAAUAUCAUUGGCCAAUGGGAUCGCCUCUUGCUGAAGAAGACCAGUAAGGUCAAAGUGCAGUGUCAGAAAGGCAUCCCGGCCUCUCUGCGGGCCAAGUGCUGGCCUCUGAUGUGUGGAGCUACUGACAAGAUGAAGCAAAGCCCAGAACUCUACAAGUCUUUGGACGUGCAGCCUGCUCUGCAGAGCUGGGUGGACGUGAUCGAGAGAGACCUGGAUCGACAGUUCCCUUUUCAUGAAAUGUUCCUUUCAAAGGAUGGACAUGGGCAGCGGGGCUUGUUCCGGGUGCUGAAAGCUUUCACUCAGUACCAGCCGGAGGAGGGUUACUGCCAGGCACAGGGGCCUGUGGCUGCAGUGCUGCUGAUGAACAUGCCUGCUGAGGAGGCCUUCUGGUGUCUGGUGGAGAUUAGUGAGCAGUACCUGCCCGGAUACUACAGCCCUCUGCUGGAAGGAGUCCUGUUUGAUGCGGCCAUGUUGAACUGGGUCUUGAAGAGGACGUGUCCAGCUGCACACAAACACCUGCAGCGCCACGGAGUGGAGCCCCUCAUGUUCGCCACGGACUGGCUGAUGUGCCUCUACACACGCCACCUGCCCUUCAACACGCUGCUCCGAGUCUGGGACCUCUUUUUCUGCUACGGGGUGCGGGUGCUGCUCCAGGUGGCGGUGGUGCUGGUGCGUCGGGUGCUGGGCCGGGCCGAGCUGAGGAAACAGUGUCAGGGCCAGAUGGAGACUCUGGAGAGGCUGAGAGGCGUCAGGGAGGAGGUCCAAGAGGAAGACAACGCUUUCAUUGCCGAGGUGUGCUCGGUGCAGCUGUCAGGGAGAGAUCUGCAGAAGCAGACGGAGAAGGAGUUAGAAAGGUGGAGGAAAGACAGACCGUCGUCGACAUUCGACCCCAGAGGUCGCUGCCAUGGAUACCGGAUGGCGUGGGCGAGGGCACGAGAGAAGGAGGCGGAGCGGGACCAGAAAGAGAGACAGAAGGGGAACCUGUCCGUCUCUCUCGCUCGCUCGGCCUCCACUCUCUCACUGUCUCCAUCCCUCCUCCACAAGAGGGGGAAGAAAGUGGGAAAGGCCAACACGCGCGAAUGGGAAGGCGGUGGCGGACGAGUUGUGAGGCAUUUCUCCAUGGGAGCGAAGGAGGACUGGAGGAGCCGCACAGAGUUCAAUUUUAAGAUGGUGCCGCGCGUCCAAGAGGAGGACGACGCAGUUUCAGAGGGCCACGAAGAACAGAGGGAGGUGAAACUGACGGAAGAGCGGGAACAGAAAGAACUUUUAGAAGAACCUGAAAUGAUUGAAAUUCACAACGUGCCGACAGAGCACGUAGGAGAAGCGGUUAUCGCAGAACAGCGGCUUGGACGAGGGGAAACAAGCGCCACUGCGAAGGAGGACCAACUCAUCGGGACUGAGGAGGGCAGAGGGAUUUCAGAACAGGAGGAAGAAACAAAUGUGGAGACGCACAAAAGUGAAGGUCCGACCAAAGAUCUGACCGCUGAACACAAACAGAGAGACGAGCUGCACUCCAACAGCCGGACACACGUGCUGGAGCAGCAGAGGAAGCAAAUCCAGCAUCUAGAAAUUCAUGGGAAAGACCAAGAGGCGGAAAACCAACUGACAGGAGGCGGACGUGCAAAAGCUGAGGUGGAAAAUCAGCCUGAGAUGAUGGAAGAUGCUGAUGCAGAUAAAACCAAAGACGUGGAGGCGCAAGAAGGUGCACCCCCAAGCAAGGAACAGAUGAUUCAGGUCGACGUGGAACCAGUGGAGAGCACAGAAACUGAAAAUGAGCGAAAGACUCAGGCGGACACAGGCCCAACCGAGACAAGCCCAGGCUCAGAGGUGGACAGUCGAGUCGAAGCUCCAACCAUCACAGAUCCUCCAGGAGAGACAGAUCCUCAACAGAAAGUAGUCGCAGAGACGGAGGCAAGCUCAGCGGGAGAUACAUUAGAACACAAUCACCACAGCGGUGAGUCGUUGACCGAAACAGGCCCGAAGGAAGAGUCUCACACCCAAACAAAAACUAUUGAACUGACCCAGACUCAGGAGGAGCUAGAAGAAAAUCCAGCCACACAGGAAUCGGAGACUGAAAUUGUACAAACGGUUUCAGAACGACACAUAGACUCAAAGACAGAGGCAGAAACAUUAAUACUUUGCUCACCGCGAUAUAUUCAAUCAGAAGACUGCACGGACCUGGCAGCUCAUACGGAGACUGAAGUAGAAACACCAAACCACACGGUGACGGAGUCAAGCGUCGAAGAGUGUGAUGCAGACGCUUCUGAACCUUCGCAGGACGAAGAAGGUAGACGUUUGGGUGAACACUCCGAGGCACAGGCUGCUCCAACGCAAGCAGAGGAAAGGGAGAAUACUAACUUGAUAGCAGCUCCACAGGACGAGGAAGACGAGGAGGUUACACGGGCAGAAGCAGGGCCGCUCACAGCCGCCGGGCCUGACGGGAAGACUAGUUCAGAAGAAACCAGCAGCUCAGAAGAGCCUGCACCUGAACAACCGUCCAUCUCCCAGGACACAGUCGGUGCCGUAGAGGAGGAAAGGACAGAAACUCCUCUGCAAAACACCGUAGGAGACGACGUAGUCCCCAUUUCCACCAAACCAACAGACCCACCAAAUGCUGACAGAACCCUGGAGGUCCAGGACAAAGAAUCUCAUCUUCUGAGUGACCAGGCUGAGCCGGUUCACAGGGGCCUGACACCAGCCACCGGGCAUCGAAGCAGCAGGUCUUCUGGGGACAUCUGCGUCCGCAAGUCGUCCAACUCCAGCGGGUCCAGGUUGGCGCGUCGGCUCUCUGCAGAUCUCUUCAUCGUGCCAGAGAAAACCGGCCAAUCACAAUCGACUCCUAAUCAGUUAGUUAAGGUUAAACCCGGCCAAUUACAAUCCGACCCCGGAGCGGUAAAUCCAACCCAGAGUCCUCCUGACGCAACUUCAGAAGUCUCCCCGUCUUUGUCUGCAGAUGUGACUCCAGCGGUUCAGCUUGACACCCCGAAACGCUCGUUCGGUCUCUUCCGCAGGCUGAGGGGAGAACAGCCCAAAAAGGCACCCAAAAUGCAAAUCCCCAAAAUCUUGAUUCAGGACUUCAGUGAUGUAACAGGCACGGGGAAACCGGUCGAAAAAGAGGGAGAAGAGAAACUAAGCUCCAGGGAGAGGAGGAGGCGGCGGAGGGACCGAGAGAGACGGGAGAAGGAGGAGGAGAGGUUGAAAAAGAAGAGAGAGAAGGAGCUGGGGAAGGAGAAAGAAGGAGAGAGGAGGAAACCACAGACGAGGGGGAAGAGUUUCCAGGUGCAGAGAGAGAAAGGGAGCAGUGAUGCGACUCAACCUGCACAGACGGGGUCACAGAAGCCUUCUUCUUACGCUGAAUCGUACUUUUGACAAAAAAACAGAAAAAU